CCCUAAGUACAGCCGCCUGACUAGUCUACUCUCUCUCUCUCUCUCUCUCUCUCUCUCUCUCUCUCUCUCGGCAUGCAGAAGCAAUGGUUACUACUACUGUUGGUGAUGAGCUGCUAUUACAAUAUUGUGCAAUUAUUAGGGGCACAAAAUGCUAGUACUGGUUUGAUAGAGGUUGAUGUUGGGCUUAUUCUUGAUUUGGACAAUAUCGUGGGAAAGAUGAGCCGGACGUGCAUAUAUAUGGCGCUUGACGAUUUCUAUGCAUUACAUGAUCAAAAUCAUACCACCAGGAUUGUUCUUCACACUAUAGAUUCCAAGAGUGAUGUUGUGGAGGCAGCAUCUGCUGCUAUAGACUUGUUGAAAAAUUUCCAAGUACAAGCAAUACUAGGUCCACAAAAAUCCACACAAGCAGAUUUCAUGAUUGAUAUUGGGAAAAAAACACAAGUUCCUAUAAUUUCUCAAGCGACGAGUCCUACUCUCUCACCAUCAGACAAUCCAUACUUCAUUCGAGGAGGACAAAAUGGCUCUUCUCAGGUUGAACCCCUUGCAGCUAUGGUUAAGGCCUUUGGUUGGAGGGAGGUAGUGCUCAUUUAUGAAGACACCAACUUUGGGAGGGGAAUAGGUCCUUAUUUGACUGAUUCUUUUCUGGGGAUUGGAACUCAAGUGCGGUCUCGAAUUGCUAUGUCUGUUUCAGCUACAGAUGAUCAUAUCCUUCAAGAACUCAACAAGCUAAAGACAUUUCAGACUAGGGUUUUUGUGGUGCAUGUGUUACCAUCUCUUGCUUCUCGCUUUUUCUUGAAGGUGAAAGAAGUUGGAAUGAUGAGCAAGGGGUAUGUCUGGAUCAUUACCGAUGUGCUAACUAUUCUCUUGGAUUCUCUGGAUGCCAAGGUUAUAAAUUCGAUGCAAGGGGUACUUGGUGUGAAGCCUUAUGUUCCAAACUCAAACAAGCUUCAAAACUUUACACAAAGAUGGAGAAAGAGAUUUCGUCGAGAGAAUCCAGACUUGGAUAGAUUUGAACUAAACGUGCUUGGACUGUGGGCAUAUGACAGUGCCACGGCAUUAGCAAUGGCAGUUGAGAGAUCCCGUAUUGGUCAGUCGAAGUUCAAAAAACCAGUCUCUACGAACAACUUGACAGAUUUUGCUGCAAUUGGAUACUCAGAAAUGGGACCAGGGCUACUUCAAGCAAUCAAGAAAACUAAGUUCCGGGGCUUAAGCGGAGAAUUCCAUCUAGUCGAUGGGCAGUUACAGCAAUCAACCUUCCAAAUAGUCAAUAUAAUUGGAAAAGGGGAGACAGAAAUUGGAUUUUGGGCUCGGGAAUAUGGCAUAUCAAAGAAUAAGAGAUUGCCAUUUAAUAAGAAUGACACCAAUGACAAAGAAGAUCUCGAAGCCAUCAUUUGGCCCGGUAGACUCCAUGUUGUACCUAAAGGCUGGGAAAUUCCAACCGGUGAACGUAAAUUGAGGGUGGGAGUUCCUGUCAAAAGUGGUAUCGAUGAAUUCAUCAAAGUGGAAAGGCAUCCCCAAACUAAAGCCGUGAUUGCCACUGGAUUCUGCAUAGAUGUGUUCAAAGAGGUCAUGGACCACACUUUGCCGUUUGCUGUCCCCUAUGAGUUUUUUCCCUUUGAAACUCCUAAUGGUGAACCCGCCGGUGAUUACAAUGACCUUGUUUAUCAGAUCUAUCUCGGGAAAUACGAUGCUGUUGUGGGUGAUGUAACCAUUCUAGCAAACAGAUCGAAUUUUGUGGAUUUUACAUUGCCAUUCACAGAGUCCAGCGUGGCAAUGAUUGUUCGAAUAAAGGAUGAUGGGAGGAAGAAUGCAUGGAUCUUCAUGAAACCCCUAAAAAUGAAUCUGUGGCUAACAAUUGUGGUGUUUUUUGUCUUCACUGGGUUUGUGGUUUGGGUUCUGGAGCAUCGUGUAAAUAAAGAAUUCCGAGGCCCACCUGGCAAGCAAGUCGGAAUUAUAUUCUGGUUCUCCUUCUCCACACUAGUUUUCGCCCAUAAGGAGAAGUUGAUCAGCAACUUAUCAAGGUUUGUGGUAAUCGUGUGGGUUUUCGUGGUGCUGGUACUGACAUCAAGUUAUACAGCAAACUUAACAUCAAUGUUGACAGUACAAAAGCUACAACCCAGUGUCACGGAUAUAAGGGACCUCAGAAAGAAUGGAGAAUAUGUUGGCUACCACAAUGGUACUUUUCUCAAAGGGCUACUGAAAAGAGAGGAAUUUAAUCUCCCAAAGUCUAGGCACUAUAGCACUUUCGAACAGUAUGAUGAUGCCCUCUCAAGAGGAAGUAAGAAUGGAGGAGUUGCUGCAAUUAUCCACGAGCUCCCUUAUGUAAGGCUGUUCCUUUCCAACCACAAAUACUGUACUAAGUACACUAUGGUUGGACCAAUCUACAUGACUGCAGGCUUUGGAUUUGCGUUUCCAAAGGGAUCUCCCCUUGUACCUGACAUUUCAAGAGCAAUCUUAAAUGUAACGGAGGGAGGUAAAUUGACUCAAAUCCAACGCCAAUGGUUUGGGCAAGAAGCCGAAUGUGCAGAGCAAGAUGGUGCCAAGACCACCUCCGACAGCCUCAACCUCAAGAGUUUUAAAGGUCUUUUCCUAGUUGCUGCCACAUCUUUGAUUUCUGCCCUCAUCAUAUCCCUGUCUACCUUCCUAUACGACAAUAGGGUGAUCUUGGCUUCUAACGAGUCAUCAAUAUGGCAAAAGCUAAUAGCAAUGGCUAAAAACUUCGAUGAGGAAGAAGUGAACUCAUAUGAUGCAUCCAAGAAAACAAACCGAGCAAAUGAAGUGAUGGUAGUGCCUGCUAAUUGCCCACAAAGUCCAACAAGGAACAACUCUCAGCUUGCAGAAUGGAAUUUCACUGAUGAUGAUCAAGGGUUUACUACGACGGAAAACAGUACCCCAAUUCAUGAAACUAUAGAAAUUGUGGAGACGAUUGAAGCAAAAGACUAGUUAGGUGUGACCUCAAGAGAUUCGUAACUAAGUUUUUAUAAAUUGUGGU